GAACAGGAAACGCAUCAUGAAACGCAUGCGCAUUGUGCAGGUUACGGCGGCAAGCGCGAGGUGAACGUUGAGGUGAGCGAAUUUUGACCGGUAAAAAGGUUUCAGUCUCAGGUGGCAAGUUCACUGCUCUGUAAAGAUGGACUUCCAGCACCGAGCCGGUGGGAAGACCGGCAGCGGCGGUGUUGCAUCGGCCUCCGAGAGCAACCGGGACCGUCGAGAACGCCUGCGCCAACUCGCUUUAGAAACCAUAGACAUCAACAAGGACCCUUACUUCAUGAAAAACCAUUUGGGUUCUUAUGAGUGCAAGCUGUGUCUCACACUGCAUAAUAAUGAGGGAAGUUAUCUGGCUCACACACAAGGAAAGAAGCACCAAACUAAUUUAGCACGGAGAGCGGCUAAAGAGGCCAAAGAAGCUCCGGCCCAGCCAGCACCUGAAAAAGUAAAGGUGGAAGUGAAGAAGUUUGUAAAGAUCGGGCGACCUGGCUACAAAGUAACGAAACAAAGGGAUCCAGAGAUUGGUCAGCAGAGUCUGCUCUUUCAGAUUGACUAUCCUGAGAUUGCCGAAGGAAUUGGACCCAGACACCGCUUCAUGUCUGCAUACGAGCAACGGAUUGAGCCUCCAGACCGUCGCUGGCAGUACCUGCUCCUGGCAGCCGAGCCUUAUGAAACCAUUGCUUUUAAGGUCCCGAGCCGAGAGAUAGACAAAUCAGAAAGUCGCUUCUGGACUCACUGGAACAGAGAAACUAAACAAUUUUUCCUUCAGUUCCAUUUCAAAAUGGAGAAGCUCCUGCCUCCGCCUGGUGGACAGACAGCUCCUGCCACCAUCAAGCGCCCACCUCCUCUGAUGACCGGCCAUCAUCCCACUGACUCCAUGCCCCCACCACCACCAGGAGGAAUUCCAGGGAUGCCCCCUCCUCCACCCAACGCCCCUCCACAGAUGCCCCAUCCCUCUGGCUUGCCUCCUGGUGCUCUGCCACCUCAUCUACGCCCACCAUUACCUUCUGAUGGAAUUCCUUCACCAAACAAUUAAGUGACGUUUAGGAGGAUUUUUUUUUUUUUUUUGCCUUUACGUCGGUUUUGAUGGGAUUUUGUUCAGCAGGUGUUCUGUGAACUUUCCUGUGUAAAUAAGAACAGUAGGUGUGUAUACAGCAGUGUGUAAUUGUUGGUAUUUUUAUAACCACACAGAUCAGAGCAGCCACCUGUUCACUUGGAAACCCAAAUGUUUCAGAUUUCAUGUCCAAGCUGUAAUAACUGAUUUCUGUCAUUGUUUUGAGGUCUGCCUAGUCAGGUGCCUAAAGCUGGCCUACACCCCAAACUUCAAAAUUUUUUUUUGUUUUUUGUUUUUAAUGAUUAUUAAAAUCGUUCAUGUUUUCUCAAA